CACAACUUAAACCACCACCACCAGCAAUUAAAAUUUUAUUUACAGAAGAAGAUCCAGAAUUUAAUAAACUUUUUGUUUUUAAAAUAAUAGCAUAUAAUCAAAUAUUUGCUUUUACAUCAAUUGGUGGAAAAGAACCUGAACCAAAAUUUGCUCAAAUAUAUUUUUAUGAUAGUGAUAAUUUCGAUAGCCAACUUAAUAAAAGACAUGAAAUAAUAAAUAAAAAUAAACUAUUAAAUAAGGAUAUAUUAAAUGAACUUCAAUUUGAAUUGUUUAAUAAUAAUCCAUUUGUUCAAACAUUUAGAUAUGCAAGAACUGAGGAAAAAAGAUCAAAUACAGAAGUAUUAUAUAUAGCAAUACAUAAUAUUCAUGGUAAAGAUAUGAGAACUUAUAAUGUACCAAAAGCAGAUAAAGUAGCUAUAAUAUAUAGUUAUAAAAGUGAUGAAGAGAAACCAAAUGAAAGAGAUAUUAUUAUUAAAAGAAAUAAUAAUACAUUAAUAAGAAUAUCAAAAUUCCAUGGUGCUUAUAAUCCUUUACAAUAUUCAAUAUUAUUUCUAUUUGGAGAAUAUGGUUGGCAUAAAGAAGAAAUUGUUGACCAAUUUGAAGAAAAUGAAGAAGAUCAAAUUGCUAAUCAAGUUGCUACAAAUAUUAUUAAAGAUUUUAAUUCAAAUUUAACUGCAGUUGAUAACUCUUCAAAAACAAUGUCUAUUGAAUUUGACAAUUUAUUACAAAGAAGUUCAGAUUUAUCAGGUGGUUUUGAUAAUAUAGCUCUUAAAUCUUCUACAAGUAUGAGUAUUAGUGAACUUAGUAAAGAAAAAAUUAUAGAAGAAGAAAUUGAAUUUUAA